CGCAGUAACACCAAAACAUUAUUUAUUCCAGUAUACCGACCCCUUCCUCUAUAUCCUUAUGAAUCCCGUACGGGCACUACGGAAAAGCUUUACUUCUACAAGAACUAGGAUCCAGCGCCCAACCCAAGCAGCCCGCACAAUGCAUAUCCGCGCGAUUCCGAUGUGGACGGGGACGAGUAAUAAUUACGCGUACCUUGUUACCGAUGAGCCGACGAAGCUGGCUGUAAUUGUUGAUCCGGCAAAUCCGGAAGAGGUUUUGCCGGUCUUGCAGGCAGAGAAAGAUGCGGGGAGGAUCAAGCUGGGCGCAAUUGUUAAUACUCAUCACCACUGGGAUCAUGCGGGCGGAAAUGAUGGGAUUCUAAAAGCGUUGGGUAAACUGGACGUGAUCGGCGGCAAAGACUGCAAAGAAGUCACCAAGACACCCGCGCACGGCGAGACAUGGAAACUCGGCGAGAGAAUCACCGUCAAAGCGCUACACACGCCUUGUCAUACAAAAGACAGUAUAUGCUAUUUCCUUGAAGAUGGGAAUCAGCGUGCUGUGUUUACGGGGGAUACACUGUUCACUGGGGGUUGUGGGCGGUUUUUCGAAGGCAAUGCCGCUGAUAUGCACAAGGCGCUGAACGAGACGCUUGCGGCGUUACCGGAUGACACUAAAGUCUACAGUGGUCAUGAGUAUACGAAGUCAAACGUCAAGUUCUUGUUGACUGUUUCAAAGGACCCGGCGAUUAAGAAGCUAGAGAAAUUCGCAGAGGAGAAUAAGAAUACGCAGGGCAUUCUGACAAUCGGGGAUGAGAAGGCACAUAAUGUUUUUAUGAUGCUUAAUCAUCCGGAUGUUUUGAAGGUAACAGGGAAGCAAGACCCAGUGGAGGUCAUGACUUCGUUGAGGGAAUUGAAAAAUGCUAUGUAGUAGUCGAUUAGCAAGAAACCAUUCAUCUUGAGAAAACAUCCUGUGAUUGGAUGAGAAAUCCCAAC